CAACCGCCGGUCCGUCCGCCGCACAACCGCUCGCGUUCUCCCCCUCCCGGCGGCUGCCGUGUCCGUUUGCCGCGCCGGAGCUGACCAGCCGACGAAGCCGAGAUGGCGAAGGGCGACGACGCGUUGGCGCGGAAGCGCAACCGGGUGCGCCGCAAGCGCCUGCGCAGCAGCGAGAACGCCGUCUCCGCGCGGGUCGCGGCAAUCAUCGCCUCCAAGCGCCGCCGCAAGUCCGGGAAGCGCCGGGGCUGCGAGGGCAUGUGCUUCUCGCUCCCCACGCCCGACGACCCCUUCAACGAGCGCCACGGGAAGAAGCGCAAGGGUGAGGAGCCGACCGACGACACAGAAGACGACGCCACCGCCGCCACCGUGGCCAAGGACGACAAACCCAAGAAGAAGGACGCCAACACUAAAAAGCAGCCGCCGGCGAAGGCCGGGGCCAAGGCCAAGUCGAAGGCUGUACGCGAGCGAGCGACGGAAACGGAAGAGGGCCGCGUGGACUUCGACCGCCCGUCCAAGUUCCUGGUGGUUUGCCUCAACGCCAUCCGGGAUGCGGUGGCGCCCGAGGACGGCGGCGGCAGCAGCAUCCACGGCGCCGGCGACUGGGGCGUGGAGCUCUGGAGGUCCUGCUCCUCCCCGGCGCCGUCCGACGUGCUCGACACCAGCGGCGCGUGCGCCACGAUGGAGCAGACAGCGUGGCUCGUCUCCACUGCCUGCGACAUCGUCGCCAGGAAGGAGAGGCUUGGGAUGGUCGUCUCUUGUCCCUUCCUGCUGUACCUCGUCCCGUCCCAGGAGAAGGCCGCGCAGGUGCGAUCGAUAUGCAAACCCCUGAAGCCUCUUGGGAUUCAUUCAGUGAGCUUGCAUCCUGGCGCUUCGGUUGAACAUCAGAUCUCUGGACUAAAAACUUGUGAGCCGGAGUUUCUUAUAGCUACCCCUGAGAGGCUUCUUGAACUUGUUUCGCUAAAGGCAAUUGACAUAUCAAAUGUAUCAAUGCUGGUCAUUGACGGACUGAAAUAUUUUCUGGACCUCAAUGUCAGUGACAAAAUCUUUUCUAUUAGAGACGCCAUAUCAAGCAGUCCUCCGAUAACUAUCUUCACUGACUCAUCUGACAAAAAUGUUGCAACUAUGGCUAAAACUCUACUCCGUGAAAGAAUUACAAAGCUCUCUAUCAAUGAUUCGGUUUAUUCAAGGAGUGCUUUUGUAACGCAGCAUGUACAUUUCUGUCCAUCGGAGAAGCUGAAAACAUCAAAGGUUAAGGAAAUUCUUGAGCAGAUUCUGCAGAGUCAUGCUAAAAAGUCAUCAAAGGUUCUGCUAGUAGCAGCAAGUGAUAAAAAAGCACAGCACCUAUCAUCAUCACUUAAACUGGAAAAUUGCACAGUAACUGAUGGCUCACAUGGCACCUCUUUUACCAUAUGCAGCAGUGUGGGACUGAUGAAUGUACAUGUUAAAGACCGGGAGAACCUGGUGAUGACAGAUGUAGAGGGGUUUGAGACUGUAUUGGUGGUUGAUUUCCCUCCUUCAGUCGAUGAAUAUGUUGACAUCCUCACUGGGGUUGCUCGUCAUACGAUUGGAGGGGAGGUCCAUAGUAUCUUCUGUAACACUGAUGCUCCUGUUGCGAAACCUUUGGCUGAGCUUCUUGCAAACUGCAGCCAGGUGGUGCCUGAGUUUCUCAAAAAAUUGGAGUCUUCAUAGCAGACUUGAUUACCCUAUUAGAGGAGCCAGAUUAUAUCAUGGUGAUUCGGGUUAGUUGCCGCCGCUCAUGGCGCUGGCACUUGUUGUCACCAAUCAAUUUUGACAUUCUUGCGUUCUUCCUGGAUGUAGUGCUCAUUUGUAAGCACCACUAUGAUAUUCAAGCCUCUGCCUUGAUGUACUACACUACUACUAGUUCUUGUGAAAUGUGAAUGCCUUGAAGCUCUUUUUCUGGAAUGAUUGGUUCUGGUUCAGUUGCAGUUCAUAGCAGACUUGAUUACCCUAUCAAAGUAGCCAGAUUAUGUUAUGGUGAUUCGGGUUUAGUUGCCACCAUUCACGGCACUUCUUGUCACCAAUCAUUUUUGACAUUCUUGCCUUCUUCCUGGAUGUAGUUCUCAUUUGUAAACAUGACAAUGAUAUUCAGGCCUCUGCCUUGAUGUACUACAUUAGUUCUUGUGAAAUGUGGAUGCCUUGAAGCCCUUUUUCUGUAA